AUGGAUCGAGAGCAAGAAGAGAUGCAAUUUCUUGGGUUCGUUGGCAUCUGCAAGGAAUCCUACAACGUCAUCUUUGCCUGGAGAAAAGUCUUCAGCAAGAUCGCUUUAGCUUUAAUCCUUCCUCUAACUUUCAUCUACCUAGCUCGUAUUGAAGUAUCGAACCUCUUCUUCAGGAAAAUCAUCCACAACGAAAUAGAACUCGACCAUACCCGAUCAGGCACUCCCAAAUACAAGAAACUAUCUGACGUUAUCUCCGACGAAUGGGCAUACUUUUGGCUUUUCAAGGCGGCCUACUUCACUUUGUUUUUCAUCUUUUCCCUUCUUUCAACCGCUGCAGUUGUUUACACCAUCGCUUGCAUAUAUACAGGUCGGGAACUCACGUUUAGGAAAGUCAUGAGCGUUGUCCCAAAGGUUUGGAAGAGGCUGAUGGUUACUUUCUUGUCUAUUUUUGUUGCCAUGUUUUUCUAUCACGUUGUGUUUGUGUUCAUCGUUGUUGUUUGGGCACUUUCAAUCGGAGCAAGCAACGUGGGUUUUGCGGUGUUUGUUAUUUUAAUAAUCUUGUACUUGGGGGGUCUUUUGUAUUUGACCAUUAUCUGGCACUUGGCUAGCGUUGUCUCUGUUUUGGAAGAGGCCUACGGGUUCCAGGCCAUGGUCAAGGGCAAAAACCUGAUCGAGGGAAAGCUAUGGGUGGCGGUAGUCAUUUUUUUCAAGCUCAGUGUCUCCCUCUUCAUCAUCCAGAUUGCCUUCCAGAAUCUGGUUGUGCAUGGAAGCACGUUUGGCGUGGUUAGCAGGGUUGCCUAUACAAUCAUUUGUUUCUUGUUGCUUUGCAAGUUGAUUCUCUUCGGAUUAGUCAUCCAGACGGUGAUCUACUUCGUCUGCAAAUCUUACCACCAUGAAAACAUCGACAAAUCUGCCCUGUCAGAUCACCUGGAAGUUUACCUAGGAGAGUAUGUUCCUUUGAAGGCCAAGGAUGUUCAGCUAGAGCAGUACCAUGUUUGA